GUAACCCAAGAAAAAGCGAGCACCCUACCCUUUCUGUUCCAAAAGCCGGCCGUCUUACUCUAGUUUCACUUAUCUGCCAAAUCAACAAUUUCUUUUGUUCUCUGAUUUGAGGCUUGCGUUCGCAUCUAAAGGCAAGCAAAGCCAAACACCAAGCAAUCAUGGAAGACGAUGAAGUGAGGGAUGAGCUUGCGCCAUUCGAUCCUAGUAAAAAGAAGAAGAAGAAGAAGGUUGUGAUACAGGACCCUGCAGAUGAUUCUGUUGAUAAGUUAGCCGAGAAAACUGAAGCCUUGUCUGUUUCUGAUGGCCUUGACUUUAGCAACCUGAAAAAGAAGAAGAAGAAACAAGUAGAGACCAGUACAUUCGAAGAGGAAAGUCAGGAUGCCAGAGAUGAUUUUGAUGAUCAUGUUAAUGGAGAUGAAGAAGGUGACGGCAUUGUCUUGCAACAACGUUUUCCUUGGGAAGGAAGUGAUCGUGAUUAUGAAUAUGAAGAGCUUCUUGGUCGGGUGUUUAACAUUCUCCGGGAGAACAACCCUGAGCUUGCUGGAGAUAGGCGUAGAACUGUUAUGAGGCCUCCACAAGUUCUUCGUGAAGGCACCAAGAAAACUGUAUUUGUGAAUUUCAUGGAUCUAUGCAAGACGAUGCAUCGACAACCAGAUCAUGUCAUGGCCUUCUUGCUUGCUGAGUUAGGGACAAGUGGAUCACUUGAUGGGCAGCAGAGGUUGGUUGUUAAGGGCAGGUUUGCACCAAAAAAUUUUGAAGGGAUUCUUAGGCGUUAUAUCAAUGAGUACGUUAUUUGCCUUGGAUGCAAAAGUCCAGAUACAAUACUCUCAAAGGAGAAUCGUCUUUUCUUUCUCAGAUGUGAGAAGUGUGGGUCUGGACGAUCAGUUGCUCCAAUUAAAGCUGGUUUUGUUGCUCGUGUUGGCCGUAGAAAUGCUGGCACUUAGGCUUUUUGCUUUGGCCAAAAUGAUAUCCGGACACGAGAAAUUUAUGAACAUCAAUUUAAGUUUGUAGUAUCUACCCAUACAAUAUAAGGAGGUUGUUGAUAAAAGUGAUUUCUUAUGUGAGUAAUAUGGAUAUCAAGGAAUGUGUUUGAGACUUUCUUUUUCCUCUUGUGAUCAA